CCAAAACUUUGCAUAGAGACGUAUAACGGCGUUGCGCGCUCAGGUGCCAAAGCUCCCUAAAUUCAGGACCAUGGAGAGCUCCAGUCUGAAGACGCGCAUGGCUGUGUGCGCGCUGCUGCUCUGCUUGUUGACCGGAGCCAAAGCGAACGAGUCAGAGCCAGAGAUAGAGGUGGAUCUGGACACAAGAGCCAUCAGAGACUUCUACCCCAAAGACCCAAACCUGACAAGUCAAAAACAGCUUCUCGGGGCUCUGCAAGAAGUUCUGGAAAAGCUGCAGACGAAACGAAUUCCACCUUGGGAGAAGAAAUUUGGUCAAGUUCCCAUGUGUGAUUUGGGGGAGCAGUGCGCGAUCAGAAAAGGCUCUCGAAUCGGCAAGAUGUGCGACUGUCCGCGCGGGGCUUUCUGCAACUUUUUCUUGCUAAAGUGUUUGUGAUGGAAACACACAAUUCUCGAUGGAUUGUAAUGGGAUUGAGUCCAUAUGCAUUAUAUAUCAUAAAUAACUACAGU